AUGGCUGCCACUCAAACCACCAACUCCGAAUUUCCUUACUCCCUCACAAUCUCCCUCCCCCUCCCAAGCAACCGACUCGCCUCGUCCGCCCUCCGCGCCCUCGAAGUCGACGCCGAACUUUCUCCGCUAGUCCGACGAGAUUUCACACUAAAAAGUCCCAGUUCCCAGAAUCAAGCAGACGGUGACAAAGCCAAGACUGUCCUUGAGACGACCUACAGAGCGACGACGAACCGCAUGCUAAGGGUCGCCGUGAACGGCUUCAUGGAGAGUCUAGGCGUUGUUCUUGGAGUUAUGGAAGAAUUGGAUGUGGAUGUUCUCGAGGAGGAGAGCAAAGAAUGA